GGAAAUUUGUUUUCGACUCGUAAAAUUUCUUUUAAAAUUGCGUUCUACGAUUUUUGAACAUUUUUGACAAGUCGAUCAAUAAUCGAAACAGUUGAUAAUAUUGAAUCAAUGGUCUGCAAUUGGGCAAUUAUUGGCCGAUCAGUGGUCAAUGAUCGGUCAAUGAUCAUUCGUUCACGUUGAUCCAUCGAUAGUGAAACGUUAAUCGGACGAUGUGAGUUUUAAUAUUCUUUAGCUUUUCUUUAAGAUUCGCUUUUAAUUUCAAUUUUGCAAUUUGAACGAUGGAUGGAAAUUAAUUGUACAAAGCGUGCGGUUAUUAUCAUUAGUGAACACGAGCAUACACGAGGAAUAUGGGUCAUGUAUAAUAUAAUUUAUGUUCUAGGUUGGGAGCAUGAAAGUGUUCGACUUUUUUUUUCUUUUUACAAGCGUUAAAUUUCCCUUAUUUAGUAGAGUAUGCGCAUUAACGAGGCAGAUUCCGUGGAAUAAGCAGAGAAAUUUGCAUUACAACGGAAAAAGGAUAACACCUCGGUAGACAAUAGCUGGAUAUGGGUAGAUAAUUUGAACAGUUACGCUCCAGAUAAUAAAAAUUUGUAGCUUUCGAAAUUUACAACUUCCAUAUUUUGCUCAUUUUUUCCUCGAUACAGAAAAAGAGAUCGGUGUUUCGAAUGUUAGAGAAAUGUUUUCGACAAAUAAAAUUAAAUAUUAUUUUUAUUAUUAUAUUAUUUAUUAUUAUAUUUCAAUUAAAUUGCGAUAAUAAAAAAUUAUACAAAUAUAAAUUUAAAUUACAUUACCGGUGUAAACUUAAUGGAAGAAGUCUGUCUACGACUUACGUAACAAUUUUAAUUAACGAUGUCUCCAAGCGACAACAAAUUAAUUCCUUUGAGUGCGCGAAGCGUAGAUGUAAUAUAAUCUACGUAUAUAUAUAGGAUUUCUCCUGAUGAAUUAGCAAAAUUUUGAAAAUUUAAUUCUAUUCUAAAAUAAUAAUAAUGAUAAUAAUAAUAUUCUGGAUAUUAUUCCUCGAGUCCAGUUAGAGAAUAGAGAAAAUUUAACAAAUAAACUAUAAACAAGAAAAUCAAUUAUUUUAUUAAAUUGUAUUUCGUAACAUUCCCCAUCAUUAAAUAAAUGUACAUCUAGUACUUCCAGAUCGGUAAAAUCUAGGGUCUUUUUAUCGUAGUUCAGCGUUUCUUCGAGGAUAGCGCUGUUUGUGCAUCAUCUUGUUUUAGUCGAUAAGUCAGUUUUGCUAACGAUGGAAACAAUUUUCUCGGUUAAUCCAGACUACAUAAUUUUCAUUAUCGAAUAUUUAUACGAUUUUUAUUAAUCCAUUAUACGAUAAUAACGUAUGAUAUUUAAUGUAUUUUCAAAUCACAAUUGAAAAUAUAAAUAUAUUUCUGCUGCAAAACGAAAGAUCUUUUAAACAUUAAUUUUAAAAGAUCGCAGAGCAGAGGAUUUGCGACGUUUUACAGAAAACAACUUUUUUUUCAAUUAAGGCCGAAACUUUGCUAGCCUUUUUUGAAAAAAAAAAAAAAAUCAGGGAACAAAGUUACGAAUUACUACUCGUCGUCGUUGUCGUUGCUUCUAUUGACAUAUCGACAGACCCUCCGGAAGAAAGUUUUACAACAUGUUGAAGUUUCGAGCGUCGGGGCAACGAAAGUGCACUUACACGGUUAAUCCAGGCAGUAAAGCGGCUCAACAGGGAGUGAGAGAGGGUGAUUUAAUUAGCAGCAUAAAUGGAAGAACUACCAGGGAUUUAACGAACAGUGAGGCGCAUGCACUCUUACGAAACGCCGGUGAACACUUGAAACUCGGUUUGAAUCAGGAAAAUAUUGGCUCUCCGAAGAGACGAAUUUAUAGAAGCAGUUUGCAGGAAAACACCACUGAAAUUCUCACUAAAACGACGACGACGACGAGAACGACCACGACCAUAUCGAACACACGGAUUCCAUCCACAGAUUCGAAGAAGAACGAAGCAAAUGACGCAAAACCCGAUCAGAGCUACGCCAGUCAAAACGGUGGUCCGAAGAGUUCGUUGAUUCAGCAACGGGACGAAACCAAGAAAAAUUUGUACGAUUGUGCGAUAGGAUCGAACGAAUCCUCGGCGGUCAACGACGACGAGCCAGUGAAGCAGAAGGAGAAGGAGAAGGAGGAGGAGGAGGAGGAGGAGGAGGAGGAGGAGGAGGAGACCAGCAUGCCCACUCACGGUAAAAAUCGUCGAAAUCGAAAGGGCAGGAGGCGUGGUGGGGGCGAUAAAGCGAAACGCAACGACGACGACGACAAAAACUCUAAACAAAACACGACCCACGACCAGGGCAUCGUCGAGGCGACCACCUCAAAUCAUGCGGGAUCCUCCUCCGUAUCGAAGAUCCCUAAGGAGGAUAGAUGCAGGAUAGAAACGGGGACGAUAAAGCCGAGUAUCAAAGUGAUGAGAAUAACCACUAUAAGCAGUAGACCGUUGGAGGCGAGAAUAGGCCACAUUCGGGGGGUCGGUAUAGUAGAGACUGAGACGACCGCCGGGUCGGGGAAGGGGGGCGAGGGGGCGGUUGUGGUCACCGUGUCCGAGCCGCUCGACGCUUUCCCCCCUCUUUCGCCCGAAAUCCCCGCGACGGCGGCCGAUAAUUCGGCCACGGAAACGAGAAACGGGGAAGGAUUGCAGAUUCGCGACGUGACCGACUGCGACGUUGCCGAGUUCGAUAACUUUAGGCAGCCCGUGAUCGUCGAGAUGGAAUCGGACGCGGAGAGGGAGGCUGGUGGCAACUUGGAGGAGACGGGGUCCGUUUCGAGGGAGGAGGAGGAAGGAGCGGGAGAGGAGGGGGGAGGCAGAGGGCACUGUUGGGACACGGUGAUGCCACGGGACGUGGAGAGGAAGUUGAGGAGGUUCAUCGAGGGUUUGAAAUUGCCGUGUUACGCGGGAGAGGAGGGCGAUUGGAGGGCUGCGUGCGAGGAGGAGAAGAGGGGGGGUGCGAAGAGGAGGCGGCGGGAGGCGUGUUACGGGCACUCGCAGGCGGCCAACAGGUUCUUGGACAUUAUUCAGGAGGAGGGCGAGAAGUUGUCGGAGGACGAGGAGCAGCAUAUCAGGGACUUUAUCAACGAGGAGAUCGGUAAAUAUCGGAGGGAGGAGAGGUGUUGGGUGAGGGGGGAGGAGGAUUUGGGGGAAGGGGCGGUUGGUGGUGGCGGGGUGAGCAUAAAUGUGACGUGCGUGGACGGGGAGGAGACGGGGAAGAGGAAGGGGAAGAAGGAAAAGGAGGAGGAUCCUGGAGAAGGUUUGGAGAAGGAAAGGAAAAGUAUGGAAAUUUGCGGUGGAGGAGAAACUGUAAAGGAAGGAACGUCGAAAGAAGAGGAAUUGGAGAAGGAAAGGGAAAGUGUGGAGGAAGGAACGUCGAAAGAAGAGGAAUUGAAGAAAGAAAAGAAAAAUGAGAUUGGUGAUGGAGGAGAAUCUAUGGAAGGAGGAAUAUUGAAGGAAAAGGAGAUUAGUAAUGGAGAAGAAUCUUUAGAAGAAGGAAUAUUAAAGGAAAAGGAGAACAUAGAGAAUGGAAAAGAAUCUAUAGAAAAAGAAAUAUUAAAGAAAAAGGAGAUUAGUAAUGAAGGAGAAUCUAUAGAAGAAAGAAUAUUGAAGGAAAAGGAAAAUAUGGAGACCAGUAAUGAAGGAGAAUCUAUAGAAAAAGAAAUGUUGGAGGAAAAGAAGAAUGUGGAGAUUAAUAAUGGAGGAGAAUCUAUAGAAGGAGGAAUAUUGAAGGAAAAAGAAAAUAUGGAGAUCAGUAAUGAAGGAGAAUCUAUAGUAGAAGAAAUGUUGAAGGAAAAGGAGAACGUAGAGAUUGGUGAUGGAGGAGAAUCUGUAGAAGGAGGAAUAUUGAAGGAAAAGGAGAACAUAGAGAAUGGAAAAGAAUCUAUAGAAAAAGAAAUAUUAAAGAAAAAGGAGAUUAGUAAUGAAGGAGAAUCUAUAGAAGAAAGAAUAUUGAAGGAAAAGGAAAAUAUGGAGACCAGUAAUGAAGGAGAAUCUAUAGUAGAAGAAAUGUUGAAGGAAAAGGAGAACGUAGAGAUUGGUGAUGGAGGAGAAUCUAUAGAAGGAGGAAUAUUAAAGAAAAAGGAAAUUAGUAAUGAAGGAGAAAUAUCAAAGGAAAAGGAAAUUGUGGAGAUAAGUAAUGAAGGAGAAUCUAUAGUAGAAGGAAUAUCGAAGGAAGAGAAAGAAAGGAAAAGCAUAAGUGAUGGAAAGGAAUGUGUGGAGAGAAAAGAACACGGAGAAGAGUCUGAAGAAAUGUCGGAUGAGAAGUCUGAAAAGGUAAUUGAAAGUGAGAUAUUGGAAACGAAUAAUGAAAACACGAAUCUAAGUGAAUCCGAGUUAAAAGUUAAAGAGGAAAUUUCUAUCGGAAAAUUAGAUGAAACGGAUGAAAUCAAUAUGAAAUCGAGAUCAAAUGAGGAAGAAUCGUCUGUCGAUGUAUCGAUACACUAUCGUAUUUCCGAUAUCAAUGAACUUGGUGUGACGGAAAAGAGUAUAGAAGAGGGAUCGAAAUUGGGCGAAAAUCGAGACGUUUCGUUCGUGAAAUCGAAGGAAAUCGAGGCACCGAAAACGGACGGUGAUAGAAAAAUCGAGAAAUCCGUGGAGGGAGGAAAAUUGGAUUUGGUAAAUAAAGCAGAAGAUUUCGAGGCAUUAACCGUGAAGUCAAAAUUAACGCAAGAUGACGUAGAUUCCAAAAGCGAAAUAUUGACUAAGCAAUUUCUAAAAAAAGAAGAAGAAGAAGAACCUUCGAAAAAUAAUACCGCGAAAACUUCCAAGACCGACGAGGAAUCGGAUCGAUUAAACGAAACUAACGAAAAAUUGGAGCAAAAUAACCGAUCGACGAGUUAUCACGAAUCAUCGAUCUCGAAAUUAAUUUCGAGGAAAAUCACGAGUGAAGAAGUGUCUUCGUUGACCAAAGAUUCGUACAAAAUUUCACGCGACACAAAGAGGAAACGUCCUCCAACACCGCCGAAAAGAUCGUCCAGCCUCGAUUUCCAAGAAAGCUCAACCGCGAGUAGUUCCGCGCUCCGUGGAAAAAGGGAGAGCAAAGAGAGCAUUGGGGGGGAUGGGGAGAUGGAGGACACAUCCUCGAGAUUACGUCGAGAUUCCGCGGAAAGUUGGAGGACGAAGGAAAAUAUUGGCACCACGAGAACACUAUUGACGAUAAUAUCCCAGAGUGACGCUGGUGUCGAAAAUAUUCGUGAUACCUCAAGUUACGUGGACGAGACCGUCUCCCUACGCGAGAGCAACAUCUUGGACGAUUUGAAGGCGAAGGGGAGGAGUGUUUGUUUCGAGAACGACGACAACACGGACGAGUUGCGCAAGUACGUGGAGAAUGGCGCCAGGCUUGGCAAUGGCGCAAGUUCUGAAAUAAAGCGUGACUACUUGCAACGAGAGACACGCGAAAAAUCGCCGGUGUCCGUGUCGUGUACGAAACAGAGCGUGGACGGGCUACCCGUGGAAGGAGUAGCGAAAAUUGUAAUGGAGAAAAAAUCUCGGGAGGAAAAAUCGUCGGGUUCGAAAGUUCGAGAGGAGGAAUCCGUGGAAAGAGUAGAGAAAAUUGACGUGGAAUCUCGAGAGACGCGGGAAGAAUCAACGGCGUCCACUUCGAAAGGAAGCGCGGACACACCCGUGGAACGAAUAGUGAAAAUUGACGUGAAAUCGUCUACGAUCGACGAAUCCGACGAAGCGAGAAUUUUCAAGAAAUUUGAAGAGGAAGGAAGGAAAAAGGUUUCUGACGGAAAAUCUGUGGAAAGAAUAGUGAAAUCGUCCACCGACAAAACGAAGAUUUCCAAGAAAUGUGAAGAGGAAGAAAGGAAAGAGGUUUCGUACGAAUUACACGAAAAGUCACUAGAGUCCGUGUCGAUAAAACAGAAUGUGGAGAAACCUGUGGAAAGAAUAGUGAAAAUUGUCAUGGAACCAUCUUCUAUCGACAAAUCCGACAAAGUGAAAAUUUCUGAAAAAGAGGAAGAAAGGAAAAAGGUUUCUGACGGAAAACCUGUGGAAAGAAUAGUGAAAAUUAACGUUGAAUCGUCCACCGAUGAAUCUGAUAAAACAAAGAUUUCCAAGAAAUGCGAAGAGGAAGAAAAGGUUUCUUACGAAUUACACGAAAAGUCACUAGAGUCCGUGUCGAUAAAACGGAGUGUAGACAAACCUGUAGAAAAAAUAGUGAAAAUUAAUGUAGAAUCGUCCACUGACAAACCUGAUAAAGAGAAAAUUUCUGAGAAAGAGGAAGAAAAGAAAAAAGUUUCUGACGAGAAACCUGUGGAAAGAAUAGUGAAAAUUAACGUUGAAUCGUCCACCGAUGAAUCUAACAAAGCGAAAACUUGCAAGAAAUGUGAAGAGAAAGAAAAGGUUUCGUGUGAAUUACAUGAAAAGUCACUAGAGUCUAUGUCAAUAAAACAGAAUAUAGACAAACCUGUGGAAAGAAUAGUGAAAAUUAACGUAGAAUCGUCCACUGACAAACCUGACAAAGUGAAAAUGUCUGAGAAAGGGGAAGAAAGGAAAAAGAUUUCUGACGGGAAACCUGUCGAAAGAAUAGUGAAAAUUAACGUAGAAUCGUCCACCGAUGAAUCUGAUAAAACAAAGAUUUCCAAGAAAUGCGAAGAGGAAGAAAAGAUUUCGUACGAAUUGCACGAAGAAUCCAUGUCGAUAAGACAGAACGUGGAUAAACCUGUGGAAAGAAUAAUGAAAAUUUCUGAGAAACAGGAAGAAAAGAAAAAGCUUUCUGACGAGAAACCUGUCGAAAGAAUAGUGAAAAUUAACGUUGAAUCAUCCAUCGAAAAACCCGACAAAACGAAGAUUUCCAAGAAAUGCAAAGAGGAAGAAAAGGUUUCGUACGAAUUACGCGAAAAGUCACUAGAAUCCAUGUCGAUAAAACAGAACAUGGACAAACCUAUGGAAAGAAUGAUGAAAAUUUCUGAGAAACAGGAAGAAAGGAAAAAGGUUUCCGACAUGAGACCCGUGGAAAGAAUAGUGAAGAUCAACGUGGAAUCGAUCGGAAAACCGGACAAAGCGAAGAAAGAGGAGGAAAGGACGAAAAAGAUUUGUGACGAGAAUGGGUGGGGUGACGAGGCUGGGCCGAGACAGGAGGUGCACUCUCGUCAUCAUCGCGUUCACAAGAAGAUCGUGAAGAACGAGACGUCGAGCACGACGACUGGUGACAAAGGGCGCGGUAACAAGAUGGAAAGUUCGAGGGAGCUCACUACCAGUGAAGAAGAAUUCGAGGAGAUUUACAAGUAUUCCACUCGUACGUCCAGUGAUGAACCACCGUCUCUCAAAACUGGCGGCCAUGACGAGAGAAAGGAUAGAGACACUCCUUCCGAAAUAUUAAAUUCCACUCUGAGCAACGACGAGGCGCCAUCUCAUCGCGCGCGCAAACAAGAUGGAAGGGGAAAGGAUUCUCCCUCCCAGAAACUAACCGAUCCUACCACCGUGUUCCACCGUGGCCCUAUGGAAGCGUGGCAGGUGGACAUAUUCUCCAUAAUAACCGAGGAGGCGAGGAAAAGCAAAUUGAGACGAGAGAUGGAAUCGUCGCGCGGAGUACCCUUCCCUGUACCCCGCACUCCCGCCUCCCAGGACCUGUACUACGUACCGAUCGAGAGUGGCUCUACUUACCAGAAGAGCAAAAGUAACAAUUUCGACGAGACGGGUCCCGUCGAAUCGUUGAAAGAUAUUUGCAUCAAGAAAAUCUUGUCCAUGCCGUACGGUCUCCACGUGAUCAACGAGAUCACCGUGCCGGGAUUUAACGUUUUCGAGAAUCUAGGAUCCGACGUGUCGAAAUUUCCAACGUACGGAACGCGAAAAGCUACGACAACUUUGAAACGUGACUCGGACGAAACGCACGGUGUUUCUGGGCGGGCGACGAGCACCUUCGACGAGGAGUCGAAUACGACGAAUACUUGGCUCGGUUUAUCGACCUCGACGGAUCCCAAGCUGCUCGUCUGCCUGUCCCCGUCCCAACGGAGAACCGAGAUAAAGGCAACGGCCGACAAUUUGCUCGAUUUGCACGAAAAGUUCAUAAACAGGCGCAAUUAUUUCGACGAGGAACCUCCUCCACGAGUCCCCCCAGCCAGAUAUCGGGUCGAAGUAGUGGGUCCCAAGGAGGAGAGGAGCGGGGCGGAAGAGUCGAAAGGAGACGAGAGGGGGAACAGAUUGUUGGAAAUUAUCAAAGAGAAUUCGGAUAAGAGGAGCGGCACCAAAUCGGUCACGUUCGAGGAAUCGAGCCAAUCGGGAUCCUGUAACGCGGACGGGGUCCCGACCUUUGACAGUGGUCGGCAGCGGCGUGCUAAAGUCACUAGGUUGUGCGACUGGCUGAACUUGGCCAGGCUCGAUCGUCACUCGCCGAGAUCGCCUCGCCACGCGACACCGCUCCCCGAUGAUUUAUUAAUAGAAUCAUCGGGCGAGGGGGGGGAGGAGCGCGAUAACGAGCCACUCGUUGCAUCGAGCGCGAUCGCGAAACGGUUAGACAUGCCUCGAUCUGUCUAUUCUUCCUCGACGCCGUUCAGGAAGAGUCCUCUGACGUUCAACAGCGCCGUCAUCGACUCCUCUUCCAUGGAGAACCCUCCCCAGCGACCGGAUCCGCCUUUAAGAAGCUCGACGCCGUUCAGAAAGAGUCCUCUGACGUUGAGCAGCGCCAUCAUCGACUCCUCUUCCAUGGAGAAUCCUCCCAAGAGACCGGAUCCGCCUUUAAGAAGCUCGACGCCGUUCAGGAAAAGUCCUCUGACGUUGAACAGCGCCAUCAUCGACUCCUCUUCCAUGGAGAAUCCUCCCAAGAGGCCGGAUCCUCCGUUCACAAAGAGUCCUUUGACGUUGAACAGCGCCAUCAUCGAGAAAUCGGUUCACUUUGUCGACUCCUCCUCCCUGGAGAACCCUCCCCAGCGACCGGAUCCUCCUUUAAGAAGCUCGACGCCGUUCAGGAAGAGUCCUCUGACGUUGAACAGCGCCAUCGUCGACUCCUCCUCCGUGGAGAAUCCAGCUUUGAGAAGUUGGACGCCGUUGGGGGGGAAGAGCGCGACGCGUUACAACGUGAAUCCGGCGUUGAUCGACGACAGGGUUGAGGUGCCGCCGAGAGCGAAGCGCGUGGUGAGCGUGGACAGGUCUUGCAUCGACACGACCAGCAUCUUCGACCAGAACCCGCCCAGAAGCCACCUGGAGCCGCGCAGGUACGGCAACGACGAGAAUCCGAAACACGUGGCCGCGGCCGAGAUCAUGGAGGAGUUGAAGAAGCUUCAGAACGAGACCGAGGAGCAGUUGGAGGGAGCACGUGGCUCGUUGCCUCCUCGACGAUACGUCGCGCGCCAAUUGAGGUACAUAGAAUUGUUGGAGAACCAGUUGAGGAACGUGAUAUUGGCGGAGGAGGAGGAGAGGGAGGCGUUGGAGGAAUAUUUCCUCGCCCAAACGAGGAAAAGGAAAAGGGAUGGGAGAAGGAGCAGGAAGGAGGAGGAGGAGGAGAGUUCCUUUUCGAAGCCUGGCGAUUGCAGGAAGGUGGAGGGCGAGAAGGAGAACGGUUUUCACGAGGAGGAGAGGAUCGAGCACGUGGAGCGUCCGGUGAGUGGUGAGAAAGGGGUGGAGGAGGGGGAGUCGAAACGUUGGGGAGGAAAAAGUGGAGGGAAGGAGGCGGACAAUGGGGGGAGGGGGAUCGGUAAGGUUGGGAAAGCGGAGGAGAGAGCGAGGUCCUCGGUGGUGGUGAACGGUGAGGCGUUUCGUAGACGGAUGUACGACGAGUACGUCCAUAAGGUGAUGGAACGAGAGGAGCGGAAGCAUCACAAGGUGGUGAAGAUCAGCACGCACGAGGACCUUAAGAAGUGCGAUCAUAAGAGCGAUAAGAGCGGUAUGACCACCGUGGAGAGGGAGUUCAUCGAGAAGGCGAGGAACAGGUUGAACAAAUUUGGGAUUAAUUUGGACGAGAGCGAGACGGAGAGUGAGAAGGAUAAGAAAGACGGUGGCAGAGGGGGGAGGGGGAGAGAAGGGGGUGAGAAAAGAGUGGAGAUGAAGGAGGAGGAGGAGGAGAAGGAGGGUGUCGUAAAGGCGAAGUGUUUGAUCGAUGGAAAGGAGUUCGAGGACUCGAAAAAAUUGCCCAAACAUCUGCAAGAAUUCCUCGAUAUGCCCGCCAAUUUCGACGAUGAGAACGUUAUGUUCGCUCCCACGUUUAAAGCUUCUUCCGCAACACCAGGCGUUUGGUCACCUGGAAGCGAGCCACCCCCGAAGGAGCCGAGCCCCGAGCGGAAAGAAUCUCAAAAGGAUGGUGGUAUACCACCCAUCUGGACGCCUUCCAGCGCUGGAGCCAGCCCAAUUCCCGAGAAAAAGGAAUUUCGACCGGUGCAAUUCGAGAGCCCUACCCUGAGCCGAAAGAAGCUAGCGCAGCAAGAAAGUACGCAGGAAACUCCACCACCUUGGGAGACGGAAGUGGAAAAGAAGGAAAUAACGAGAAGUAGUUAUGAGAGCACUAGUACCAGUUCACGAAUUGUCAAUUCCCACUCAGCACCGUCGCAGGGAUUAAAUUCAUUAAGUUCAACGCCACGAUUGCCACGUGCUCAGAAUCCAACUAUAACACUACUUCAAAAAGCAAGAGAAGGACAAUUGCCAAAGGGAGCAGCCUAUCUAGAAGAGAACGAGACGGAAAAGCGUCCAUCCAGUGACGAGAAAGGCAUAAUUAGUCCAGGAGAGAUCAUAUACACGGUGAAGAAAGAAUACGAGAGCGAGCCGGAAACGGAAAACGAACCGCCGAAGAAGAUGGCCGACUUGGGUCCUCGAAAAUUCGAGGGUAUCGGCCCAACAUCUAAGGAGGGUAUUCCCCUUGUUUUGAGAUCGGAAGUCAAGGAGAAUAAUCAGACAAAGUGGUAUAAGAAAAUGUACGACUCGUUGCAUCGUGCAGACAGAAGCGAUGACUACGUAACCAUUCGUUACAAACAGAGAAGAGGGACGAGAUACGGUUACGGAAGUGGCAGUGGAUAUUUAAGCGAACCGGAACACCGCUUGUACUCCGAUCGCUCCGCCACCUUGGACAAUCGUCGACGCCUUCGCAACAAGGAAAAUGAUUUCUUUACGUCGACUAUGCCUAGAAAGAAUGGCACGUUGAAGUACAGUUCAGAGGUUUACAAAAAUCAGCCUGGCCGUAUCGAGGACUACGAACCUGGACGAUCUUCAAUCGCCGAAAAGGAAGCCAAGGAGUGGUGGGACGAGGUCAUGGACAUAUUUGACGGGUGGUUGAACGACAAUGGACAUCCUCAGGGUACAGAGAUGGAGGAUCUUGGCGACGCGCAGCUGAGCCACCGCGCUCUCAGCCUCUCCUACCGACCGGAGACCGGUCGCAAUCCGUUCGACCAGCACAAAAAUCGUCCCCCGCAAAGAUUGAAACCGUAUAUGUCACACGCUCUCAAAGAAUCGGGAUACGAGAGUGACUCGACGCUGGUGUUUCGUCGCAAGGAGGACAUCGGUCCGUUGAGUGAACUCGAGCAAAGAUUGGCCUACAAAACGGUCCAAAGUGGUGGCGACGUGCCACUUCAUGGCCUUCGUAAACCAGCCCCAGAACGACCGAAGGACGAAACUGGCCUCGAGUAUUUUCCUAUCUCGCCCACAUUGACACGGAUCCGUGUACACCGGAAAAACGGCUCCUCGACCAAGUGUGCCGCCGUUUCGUCGCGACACGAGACCCCGUUAAUCGAAAUUCGAAACGCGACAGCCAAGAAAAUGGACGUUCGAUCGACAAUUGUUUCGGGGGGCAGGUCUCUAAGAGACAUUGCUCUCGACGAUCCACGUGAGACGACGGUAUCUAGGCCACCGUCCCCGCCAAGAAGGCAGUCUUCUAGGAACAGCAAGACUCUCAAACUAUAUGGAAACGCGAGACGUCAAACUGUGCAGCCCUUUAAAUCGAGGCACAAACAGUGUUUCAACGAAGAGGCACGCUCCAACGUUGGCACGCCCGGAGAACGACUCAAUGGAAAUUUGGACAGAUGCGGGAAGAAAAGUCGCGAGAUCGUGCGUCCUUGUUCGUUUCGAACGUCGUCUAACGGCUCGACGAUCCCCCCCCCUCGUUCGAAAGUUUCGACACCGUCGUGUAAGAAGAAGACGGAGGACUCGCGCCCGUCGCAAACUUUACCAGCUGGGGAGAAAAGUUUCUCGACAUCCAACGGGGGCAGAAUUUAUGGGAACAGUUCCUCGUUGUGGAGGCUUGGCGAAUAUCCCGUCAAAUCCGAGCCGAAACGCGAUAAAUCGUCCUCCAUUUUGAAGAUGGCCUCCAAGUAUGUGUCGCCCUCUGCGACAAAAUCGACGAAAGAAAAGUUGCAAUCGAACGGGGUCGGUAAUACAGUUUCUUUGAGGAAAACUAACGCGAACAGAAGGCGGUUGACGCGGAAGGAGCAGGAAGAGUCGUCGAGAAGAUUAGCCAGAUCGUCGGUCGAUCUCUCUUCGAUGGAGAAUAGGAAACGUUUGCAAAAGUGUAGGGAGAAAGGUGGCAGGGAUGUUCGCACGACAGUGCUGCCGUCUGGAACGCUUGUCAAAAGCUCGACCAUGUUGUACUCGUCUAGUUCGAGCAGUGGCGGACAGAGGCCACCCCAGGACAAGUCUUUGAAAGUGGUCGUAACGGUUUCGUCCAAGGGACAGGAGAUUUUAAGAAAGCCUUUGGACUCGAUUUCGGCCGCAAAGUCCACCUCUUCUUUGAAAUCAUCUUCGGCUACGUCUUCGCCAUCGGUCGUACGCAAAACGGUGUUAACGGAUACCAAGAAGCCUGUAAGGACGAUAAUCGGACGGCCUGACAAGAUGGGUUCCAGCAGAGAGUUUACAUCUUCCUCGGAGGCGAUCGGCGAAUCGAGUAAAAAGAAGGGGCAGAGACCUCACACUAUCGUGAGAUCUCCCGUUAGAAAGCUGGAAACUAUUCAGAUUAAUCCUGACAAGAGGAAGAUAGAAACGAAGAAGAAAUCGAGAAAAGUGGAAAAUGGCGAUGCUGCGAGGAUGAAGAAACUGAGGGAUAACGAUAACAUAGAGAACGAAGAGCCUAAUAUCAGGAAGGUAUACAAAUCUAAACAGGAGCAACGAUCUUCGUUGAGCGUAGAGGAGAUAAAGAAGCACGGCGAAGCCACGCGUUCCGACACAUUUUUCCAAAAUCUCUUUUUAAGAUCCAUCUCUUCCACCGUUUCCAGUGAAAAUGCUCUCCCUUCGAGGAGAUCGAUCGUCAGCGAACGAGCCAGAAUGUAUCAGGAAAACAGCAGAGAAGGUAGCAAGUCGGAGCCAUCUUUGAAGUCUCUUAGCAUAUACUUGGCCCACAAGCGACCGGUAUCUAACUCCAAGUUCAAAAACUGGGAGAAGGAGAGUGUUUCUUCGAGAAGUUCGAGCCCGUACGGGGUCAGUUGGCCUGGCAGAAGCAUGUUUCAGAAGGUGAGCAAGUUCGACAGUCUUUUAGGCAUCGAGGACUUUGGAUCGUCGACCACGUUGCGCAACAAAAGUCCAGACUCUGUGAAAGAGCGUUUGAAGGAGAGGAGUUUGAGCGAGCCACCUUUGAAGACCUUGUCCGAGUGUUCCGACUCGAAGCAUUCGUCUUCGCGCGCUUCCUCCCCGUCUUCGAUUAGAUCACCAGCCUGUAGACGUAUACGUAGCUUGAAACAGGAGAGGUCAGAUGGUCCAAGUGCGAUUGUCGCGAAGAAAGUUAGAGCCAGGAGCGCUGGCGAAGCAGAGGAGAAACCAAAAUUUGGAUCCAAUUUGUCCCUGACUAGAAGCUCGAGUUCGCUUUGCGCCUCGCCGAUCGAUCGUGAGGAAUAUCAUCGGUAUGUAGUGGGCAUGUUGCACGAUAGGAGAAGAUCGGAAAGAUACAAGGAAUUGCACGACUUCUAUUCGAGUCUAGAGAGGUUAGGUGAAUUAGAGAGAACGUUUUCUUCAACCGAUUUGAGGCCAAGAAUGAAAAACGAAGAAAUAAUUGAUUACGAUAGAUGGAGGAAGGUGAGAUCGCAGGAAAGAGCCGAGGUUGAAUUUAGUGCUUUGUAUGGAAAGUUAAAGGCGGUUCAGAAAGACAAAAAUUUUUUGUUCAGCACCAAGGAUAUUGGCAAGUUCAAGUGGCACGGUGAUUGUAGCUUGAGAUGCAAGGAACGAUCGGUGGAGAAUAUUAUCCAACAUUUCAAGAAACUGCAAUCCGAAGGAAGCGAAUUGGAUUCUUCCAAAAGAAGAGAAAUGUCGUGGAGGAAGGACACGUAUAAACCCCUUUGGCGUGGCACGUCUGUGAUAAACGUGGCUAGCACAAUGCAAGAGAAAGCAAAUGGAUCUAAAAACGAGAAAUCUUUGGAUCAUUUGGAUCACCCAUCAUUGCAAAGAAGCCUUGGAGGAAGUAAAAAGUUCUGGAGCAGUUUAUCCAUCGAGCAAGUAGCCACCUUAAAGAAACAAUUAAACGAAAUUUAUGGCAGCGAUAAUUUACAGAGAUCUGCACCGUCGACGUCCUCCGAAAUAGGCGAGCAUAGAUUGGAAAAGAAAGAAGUAAUCGAUAAACAAGAUUCUCUAUCGAAGUACGAAAUUAUCGUUCCACCUCAAAUCGACUCGAUCGAUAAAGACGACGCUAAGGGCCUUCACGUGCGAUGCCACUCGAUGAUCACGUCUGAUGCUUCUCCGAAUAAUGAUCAGAAAUCGUUUACAGAUCGUGCAGAAUCCUUAAAGAGAAGUGGCUCUAUUAGCCGAGGUAAGAGUAUAGAAAUACCGAAAUCUGACAAAAGUGUAAUCAGUGUAUCGCCAUCUAUGAGCGAAUUAGAGAAGAAGAGGCUCUCCGUGACGAUCGGUAAAGAAGUUCUGGACAAAAUCUCGCAGAGAAGACUGUCAAUGCCAUUGACAGCUCCUCGCGAAACUCGAGGUAGUAUAGCUGCUGCGCUUGCUGUUAGAAAAAUACCAAAAAUAACACGUUCUUCGACCGCACCCAGUGUAACUAGCACGUCACCUAGGAGCUGUUAUUCUUUAGAACCACAGAACGCGGAAGAUUCGUCGAGAGUAAAAGAGAAGAACGAUUUUCUGCUAGUUCUGACACCGAACAACAAAACUCCAUCAGACAGACGCAGAGUAGAGAACGUUUUAGAGGAAUGGUCGAAGAAACCACCUCUACUGGCAAUCGCGAUACCCGACACGCCUAAUCAGACAAAAAUUAUAACCCCUAAUUCAGGGAGCGAAGGAAACAGCACGACGGAAAGUUCCGAAACGUCUGUGAGGACUGUCAUUCAACGAAAUAUAGAAUCUCGAGAUGUUCCAGCGAAGAUAGAGUUCUUCGAGAACGUGGACAAGAGCGCGGAUACCCAAUCGGAUCGUGUAAAAAUAAAUAAAAAGGAACAGACGAAACGGAAACCAGGGAGAUUAUCCUCUUCUCAAAGCUUUGCCGAUUUGAGAGAAUUAUUUGGCGAGUCAGAGGCCGGUAAAUAUGCGUUGUCGGGGUGCAGGACACGCUCGAUCUCGCCGAGAGUCACGUCUGACGAGCGAAAAGGAAGCAGUCCUGCUCGGGAAAUGGACACCGAUACACAACCGCACUUCUGUUCACGCGACCGUGAACACGAUAGGCCUCGCAGCGUCAGUCCGUGUCGCGCAACCACUCGAUCGAAUUCAUCGUGCAGUCUAGAGAGCAUUUGGCUGCGUACCUCUUCACCAGAUCCGGACAAAUAUUGGCGUGCCUAUUUGAAACUAGUGAAAAAUGGCACGGUGAGACGGCUCAGAGCCAAAUUCGAAAGCGCUGAAGAUCUUCGCGCCGGUAGAGUCAGAGUGCUUCCAGCGCCUAAAAAAUUUCAAAGCGAUCCCGAACUGGCCAGGUGUCUUCUGAGAAAGGUGGACGAGGGCAAAUUAAAACCUCACGAGUUCGCAGAUGUGGCUUGGUUGAGGCGGAAGUACGAGCCGCGAAGAGGAAGAGCGCGUCGUAGAGGAGAAUCACCGCCGAUUCCGCGUGUGCCGUUGAGAAAGGAAGAUCUAUCCAUGCCUCACAUCGACGUCAUCAGCAAAACGGCGGAAUUGAAGGAUUCGUCGGCUGUCACGUCCACUAUUACGAAUUCCGUGGCCAGAAAGGCAGAGACUAAGGAACUGGAAGCGAAGAAAUCAGUUGGUCGGAUGAGGAAGAAAUUUGAAAAAUUUGCUACGCAAAAAACUUCGAUUCUGGGUGAGAUGUUUACUUCGUCGCCAGACAUGCACGAACUGAGAGACAUUGCACCUUAUUUGGCUGGCCGUUGGGUGGCGCACAGGUACCCUAGUAGAAGGGAUAACAUGCGUUCAUUGUCUUCGCCACCAGAUCUCGCUGGUAGACCGUGUUCCGCCUCGAAAAGCGAGGUUAACUCUGGAUCCACGAAAACGCAGAGCAAGGAAGGAGGUAAAUUAAUUGGAAAAGUGCGAGGUGUCUCGUCGAAGGGACCGUCGUCGAUUUUGAAACAAUCUGAUGGUGAUCAAACGUUUGAUCCUGAUAAGCAUAGACCGAAAUUUAGAUAUCAACCACCUCCUCCGCUAUCCUCGCCAAAUGUUCGACGAAAAGCCACGUGUUGGUGGUCGCCGAUUCCUAUCUACACGGCUCGACCUACCGUCACUUUCGAAGAAUACUCGAACGCACCCCCGCCGCCGCCAAAAUCUCAGCACUACAGAGACGACUGCCAAGAAUCACCGAGGCGUUAUGUGGAGGGCGAGGUGACGAUUCACUAUCGUUCACCAGUGCGUACAGAGGCGAAAGAACCAUUGAGCGAGGAAGAGCUCGCUCGUCGAAGCGCGGAGAAUAUGCGACGCGUUUAUCAAGAGGAACGGCGUCGCAAAUAUCUCCAGGAGCUCCACGACAUCGAUUCGAGGAGGCACACCGACAACUUCAUCCCAUCGCAGAAAUCACCGAUCCCUUUGAACCGUUACGACGAUUUCGUGGAUGACCUGAGCCACAGAAGCCGAUCCCAGGAGCAAACACCGGAACCUCGGCUCGUGGCAAGGGCGCUUUACAACUUUAUCGGCCAAUCUUGCCGGGAAUUGAAUUUCCGUCGCGGUGACAUAAUAUUCGUGCGUCGCCAGGUAGACAAGAACUGGUACGAGGGUGAGCAUAAUGCUAUGAUCGGCCUGUUCCCAUCGAAUUACGUCGAGAUUUUGCCCUACGACGGGAUGCGAACCACACCAAAGAAACCAUACGAGGGACAAGCACGAGCUAAAUUCAACUUCGUUGCCCAAACAAAUCUUGAGUUAUCUUUGGCCAAAGGAGAACUUGUCGUCUUGACGAGAAGAGUCGAUGAAAACUGGUAUGAGGGACGUAUUGGAAACAGAAAAGGGAUAUUCCCCAUCUCUUACGUCGAAGUUAUCACUGAGCCUGGCCUCAGAUCAGAAACGCCAACACAAAACAAACCAGUUGCCGCUCCAGCUGCUCAUAGCCUUUUGGCAAAUGGAUCAGCUGGAGGGAAAAUGAGUAUGGGACCUCAUCAUUAUAUGCCGUCCAUACCAGUUAAUAUGAACACAACUCAGCCACACUAUAAUUCACUGCCACGAAUGGGAGGAAACAAAUUACAUGUCUCCGAAGCACUACACAUCGACACACACUCUGAACCAAUACCAUAUCGAGCUCUCUAUAAUUAUAGACCACAAAACGAAGACGAACUUGAAUUGAAAGAAGGCGACACAGUAUACGUAAUGGAGAAGUGCGACGACGGUUGGUACGUUGGUUCCAGUCAAAGGACCGGCUACUUUGGUACUUUCCCUGGCAAUUACGUGGAACGAUUGUGAAAAAUGACAACGAGCUGUAUCGAACCACGAUUUACAUUUUACCAAAGCACUAAAAAUUCGAAUCGUUAAAAUAGAUAAUUUUUAAUCGAUCGAUGAUAAGGAUCAACGAGAUAUGUAUCUCAUUACAGUCUUCCUAUUCGUAAAUUUCAACGAUAAUAAAAAAAAAUGAUACCUAAAAAUGGAAAAAAAAAAAAGAAAAAAUAUACAAUCAAAUAGAUACUUUUAAUAAUAUUGCAAACACAUGAGAAACUCAUCGAAACGAACCUUAUCGUUGAAGAUUCACCAAAAAAAAAAAAAAAAAAGAAGAAGAAGGAAACUUAACGUUAGAAACUUCAUAACGUGUAUGUAGUGUAUAAUAAUGUUUAGUAAUUUAUUAUACGACGAAAACGAGUGCGUCAGGCGGACGUUGCGAGGCAUCGAAAUAAAAAAAACGAACACGACAAGAAAUACUUUUUGUUCGUAUAAAUGGAAACGAUUAAUGUAGAGAUAAUGUGAAUUUUUACACAUGCAGAAUCAUCGACAGAACGAAACGAAAAGUUUCCGUCGAGCCUAUUUCUAUGUAAUCGUAAAACAGAGCCCUAUCGAGAGGACUAUUUCUGGUUUCACCAGCAACGAACGAAGUUAUUCGUGUUUUUUCGAUCAAAUGGCAAUCGUGAAUUUCAUCCAUUUGUGGACAGAAAUUCGAGUUGGGUAAAAAAUGUAUUGAACCGAAAGUUUCUGUUGAACCCCUUUUUUAUGCUUUCGGUUAUACGCCAUUUUCAAUAACACGUGCACGAACAAGACCAUUAAUCGAUAAGCAAGAAAUCUGCUUAACCUGUUAACGGUGUUAAAAGUAAGAAGUUAUCUAUUUAUCAUUAAUGAAAUUGCAUUGUUCACACCGUACAUGUUAAACUUUUAAAACAAACCAAAGAAUCAUACGUUUCGAGUAAUUUAAUCUCGAAAAUUUUACGAUCUAACUUUUAAACGAGAAGUUUGCCUUGUUUAAACGACCUGUUCGCGUACGAGAAACGUAUAUUAACGUAAUUUCGUGAAAAUUGUUCCGAAUCGUGAGAUUUUUCAGUAAAAAAUUGAUAAUUCGAGACGAGAGUUGAUUUCAAUUCGCGGAGAAGACGUUUUCUUCUGUGUUUGUAGAUAAAUCAGCCGUGUUAUUGUUAUAUUCGUGAGUAUUCAAGAAUAAGCGAUUUAUAAUUAUAUAUAAUUAUAUAAUUAAAAGUUUGCCUUCCCAAAUUAAUAUUUUUGUAAACAUUAUUUGUAUCCAGAGUUAUAUAUAUAUAUAUAUAUAUACAUAUAUACAUAUAAAUGAAUUAUAUAAUAUGUAUAGAAGAUAUAUCUAUAUACAUACGUAUAUAUAAUUACAAUAUUAUAUAAUAAUGAAUUGUAAUAAGUAAUCAACGGCAUAAUUAAUCGCGCACGUGUUAAAAUGCACCCAUGUAAAUUUCACGAAGAAAUAACAAAGAAACGAAUCGUAUUAAUCUAUAUAUCAUUAAUUAAUCGUAACUAAAAGGAUUUUCGCCGAUGUCACACCGAGUAUAAUAAGACUCAACGAUUUUCAAAGACGUUUCGCCAUGACGUUACAGCUUACAUUAAGUCUAGAUAUAAAAAAAUGGAAAGAAAUACGAAUGCUAAUAAGAAUCCAGUUGGAAAAAACAGACAAUACUUAUUACUAUUGUAAUUCAGUAGAACGAGAUGAGAUAAUCGAGCAUGUAGCGAGGGCAUUAAUCCAACCAGUUGCGACUAAUGAUCGUUUCAGUUGAUAUAUCAUUGUUCAAGGGUCGAUCUAACAAGAUUAUGGAUGCAAAUCGAGUUAAUUUUUAAUGAUUUUUAAAAAUUUUUUUUUAUUCUUUUUAGAAAAAAGAAAUUAAAUUUUUUAAAUUAAUAGACAUCGAAAUAUUUUAUCGUUUGUUUAUUAAUUAAAUAAUUCAAUAUAUAAAAUUAUACAAAAUAUUUUAACUUAUAUACAUCGUAUAUAUAUAUAUAUUUAAAAAUUGAUAUUUUUUAAACAUUUUAUUUGCGUCUAUAAAUCUGGAACACCCUAUACAUAUGUUUACGUACAUAUCUUUUUGUUAUGAACAUAUCUUCGCUGAUUUUAACAGCUAUAGUCUCAGGCGUGAAUUGGAGGAAACGGAAGUCGAAGGAUAUAACAUAGGACAGUAUAUGAAAGAAAAUGCAAAUUUCUUCGAUCGAAUCGAAUCUUCCGAUUUCUCUACUACUCGUAAAAAACGAGUUGUAGAAGCUUGUUUAACGAUUUGGAAGAGAAUAUGAUAAUAUGGAAUAUCAUAUGCAAUUUAUAUAAUAUGAUAUAAUUUGUUAUUGCAGCUUUAUUAUUAUUAAAUAUUAUUAAUCUAAAAAAAUAAAAAUAAUACUCAAAUAAUAUAUUUUAUGAUUAAGUUGAAUAUAAUAUAUUUUUAUCGAAAUUUUAAUUUUGAUUGUGUAUAUAAAAAAAUUAAAAUAAUUGAAAAUUAUUUUAAAUAUCAAUAAAUUAUUAACAAAUAUGAUUUGAAUAAUUUUUAGUAUUCGUCAAACGAAUAAAUUAUGAUAUACAUAUAAUUGGCAAUGCAACAAUAUGCAAAGUUCCAUAUUACCAUUUUAUCUUCGAUAUUUAUUACAAAGUGUUUGAUCAUCCCGAUUUUUUUUUCUUGAUUUGGAUUUAUUUCAUUAGAUUUUUAAUUCGCACUAAUAAAUAAUGUCACUGUGUAUUGUAUACUCGAAAUUUAAAUAAAUCUUAGUCUGUUACCACAA